AUGUACGAGAGCGUGGACGUAGUGGGGCUGAGCCCCAGCCCUAACCCUUUCAUACCCCUGGAUUACUACCACCAGAAUCGCGGCUGUUUGAUCCCGGAUAAAGGCCUCGUGUCGGGAUCGUCGCGGGGAUACGGCACCAUCAGGAACCCGCACUGGAGCGGCUCUAGUCAUUCUGUGGAGACGCAGAGCACCAGUUCGGAGGAGCUCGUGCCCAGCCCACCCUCGCCCCCUCCUCCGCCGCGCGUGUACAAGCCCUGCUUCGUGUGCCAGGACAAGUCGUCGGGCUACCACUAUGGUGUCAGCGCCUGUGAGGGCUGCAAGGGCUUCUUCCGCCGGAGCAUCCAGAAGAACAUGGUGUACACGUGCCACCGCGAGAAGAGCUGCGUCAUCAACAAGGUCACGCGCAACCGCUGCCAGUACUGCCGCCUGCAGAAGUGUCUGGAAGUGGGCAUGUCCAAGGAGUCUGUUCGGAAUGACCGGAACAAAAAGAAGAAGGAGGAGAAGAAGACGGAAUGUUCCGAGAGCUACGUCUUGAGUCCUGACACGGAGCAGAUGAUCGAGAGAGUGAGGAAGGCCCACCAGGACACGUUUCCGUCACUGUGUCAACUGGGCAAGUACACCACGAAUAACAGCUCGGACCACAGGGUGUCCCUGGACGUGGACCUGUGGGACAAGUUCAGCGAGCUGUCCACCAAGUGCAUCAUCAAGACGGUGGAGUUCGCCAAGCAGCUGCCGGGGUUCACCACGCUCACCAUUGCCGACCAGAUCACCCUGCUCAAAGCCGCUUGCCUGGACAUCCUGAUUCUGCGGAUCUGCACGCGCUACACGCCUGACCAGGACACCAUGACGUUCUCGGACGGGCUGACGCUCAACCGCACGCAGAUGCACAACGCCGGCUUCGGGCCGCUCACGGACCUGGUGUUCGCCUUCGCCAACCAGCUGCUGCCGCUGGAGAUGGACGACGCCGAGACGGGACUGCUCAGCGCCAUCUGCUUGCUGUGUGGAGAUCGACAGGACCUAGAGGAGUCAGACAAGGUGGAUGUGCUUCAGGAACCAUUGCUCGAGGCGCUGAAGGUCUACGUGAGGAAGAGGAGGCCUCAUAAGCCCCACAUGUUCCCUAAGAUGCUGAUGAAGAUCACAGAUCUGCGGAGCAUCAGUGCUAAAGGGGCGGAGCGGGUGAUCACGCUGAAGAUGGAGAUCCCUGGCUCCAUGCCUCCUCUCAUCCAGGAGAUGCUGGAGAACUCAGAGGGCCUGGAUGGGAGCGGCGGGGUGCGCCCGAGCGGAGGGGGGUGUCCCCCGGGCAGCUGCAGCCCCAGCUCCGCGCAGAGCAGCCCGUCGCCACACUCCCCCUGACCCUCCUCCUGGGCUCGCCCGGGGAGACAAAACGGCCCAAAACAAAACGCUACCCAGCUUGGGUCUGACCCGAGCCCAGGAUCCCUAUCACGUCUCUGAAGGGCGGAGCACAGGACUCGGGACUCGUUGGCUGGAGCGGGGG